CUACCAAUCCCUGCGCAGCUAAUGACGGCAAAGGCCCCUGCUCUCAUAUGUGCCUGAUCAAUCAUAAUAGGAGUGCUGCUUGCGCAUGCCCCCACUUGAUGAAGCUUUCCUCAGACAAGAAGACCUGCUAUGAAAUGAAAAAAUUUCUUCUAUAUGCAAGGCAUUCUGAAAUCAGAGGAGUGGAUAUUGAUAAUCCAUAUUUUAACUUUAUCACGGCCUUUACAGUCCCUGACAUUGAUGACGUUACUGUGAUAGACUUUGAUGCAUCUGAAGAACGUUUAUACUGGACAGAUAUUAAAACACAAACCAUUAAACGGGCUUUUAUUAAUGGAACAGGAUUGGAAACUGUUAUUUCAAGAGAUAUUCAGAGUAUCAGAGGGUUAGCAGUGGAUUGGGUCUCACGUAAUUUGUAUUGGGUUAGCUCUGAAUUUGAUGAAACACAAAUUAAUGUCGCACGAUUAGAUGGCUCUUUGAAAACCUCAAUUAUCCACGGGAUCGAUAAGCCACAGUGUCUUGCAGCUCACCCAGUCAGGGGGAAACUCUACUGGACAGAUGGAAACACAAUUAACAUGGCAAACAUGGAUGGCAGUAAUAGCAAGAUUCUCUUUCAGAAUCAGAAGGAACCAGUUGGUCUAUCGAUAGACUAUGUGGAAAACAAGCUUUAUUGGAUCAGUUCGGGAAAUGGAACCAUAAAUAGAUGCAACCUGGAUGGUGGUAAUUUAGAAGUAAUAGAGUCAAUGAAAGAAGAAUUAACAAAAGCUACAGCCCUAACCAUCAUGGAUAAGAAACUGUGGUGGGCAGACCAAAACUUAGCUCAGCUGGGAACCUGCAGCAAAAGAGAUGGAAGAAACCCCACAGUCCUACGAAAUAAGACUUCUGGGGUUGUUCACAUGAAAGUGUACGAUCAAGAAGCACAGCAAGGCAACAAUUCUUGCCAACUAAAUAAUGGUGGAUGCUCUCAGCUUUGUUUACCAACAUCUGAAACUACAAGGACUUGCAUGUGUACAGUGGGAUAUUAUCUCCAAAAGAACCGCAUGUCAUGUCAAGGUAUAGAGUCAUUUCUUAUGUACUCUGUUCAUGAAGGAAUCAGGGGAAUACCUUUGGAACCAAGUGACAAAAUGGAUGCAUUGAUGCCUAUAUCAGGAACUUCAUUUGCUGUUGGAAUAGAUUUUCAUGCAGAAAAUGAUACCAUCUACUGGACAGACAUGGGCUUCAAUAAAAUUAGCCGAGCUAAAAGAGAUCAGACUUGGAAAGAAGAUAUCAUUACCAAUGGCUUGGGAAGAGUGGAGGGGAUAGCUAUUGACUGGAUUGCUGGUAACAUAUAUUGGACCGACCAUGGUUUCAACUUAAUUGAAGUUGCAAGGCUCAAUGGCUCUUUCCGUUAUGUAAUUAUUUCCCAAGGCCUGGAUCAACCAAGAUCUAUAGCUGUGCACCCAGAGAAAGGCUAUUUGUUCUGGACUGAAUGGGGACAGAUGCCCUGCAUUGGAAAGGCUCGCUUAGAUGGCUCAGAGAAGGUUAUCCUUGUAAGCAUGGGAAUAGCAUGGCCAAAUGGUAUCUCCAUUGACUAUGAGGAAAACAAAUUGUACUGGUGUGAUGCUCGUACAGACAAAAUAGAAAGAAUUGACCUGGAGACUGGAGGGAAUCGUGAGAUGGUGCUGUCAGGGAGCAAUGUGGAUAUGUUUUCAGUUGCAGUCUUUGGGGCUUACAUCUACUGGUCUGACAGAGCACAUGCCAAUGGGUCCAUCAGAAGAGGCCACAAGAAUGAUGCCACAGAAACCGUAACCAUGAGAACAGGUCUUGGAGUCAACCUGAAGGAGGUUAAAAUCUUUAACCGAGUAAGAGAGAAAGGGACCAAUGUUUGUGCUAAGGACAAUGGUGGAUGCCAGCAACUUUGUCUUUAUCGAGGAAAUUCUCGGAGAACUUGCACUUGUGCCCAUGGAUAUUUAGCAGAGGAUGGAGUUACUUGCCUAAGGCAUGAAGGCUAUUUGCUAUAUUCAGGAAGAACAAUAUUAAAAAGUAUACAUCUUUCUGAUGAAACCAAUUUAAAUUCACCAAUAAGGCCAUAUGAAAAUCCACAUUAUUUCAAGAAUGUCAUAGCCUUGGCUUUUGACUAUAAUCAAAGAAGAAAAGGUACCAACCGAAUCUUUUACAGUGAUGCACACUUUGGAAAUAUACAGCUUAUCAAAGAUAACUGGGAAGACAGACAAGUAAUCGUUGAAAAUGUAGGUUCUGUGGAAGGACUUGCCUAUCACAGAGCCUGGGAUACACUGUACUGGACCAGCUCCACUACCUCAUCCAUCAUCAGACAUACAGUAGACCAGACUCGGCCAGGAGCAUUUGAUAGGGAAGCAGUCAUUGCCAUGUCAGAGGAUGACCACCCACAUGUACUAGCUCUGGAUGAAUGCCAAAACUUAAUGUUUUGGACCAACUGGAAUGAACAGCAUCCAAGUAUCAUGAGAUCCACCCUAACGGGGAAAAAUGCUCAAGUGGUGGUCAGUACCGACAUACUUACUCCAAAUGGUCUCACCAUUGACCACCGUGCCGAGAAGCUGUAUUUCUCAGAUGGCAGCCUAGGAAAAAUUGAAAGGUGUGAAUAUGAUGGAUCCCAGAGAUAUGUGAUUGUCAAAUCUGGGCCAGGAACUUUCCUCAGUUUGGCUGUUUAUGACAAUUAUAUCUUCUGGUCAGAUUGGGGAAGAAGAGCUAUUCUGCGUUCCAACAAGUAUACAGGGGGAGACACAAAAAUUCUUCGUUCUGAUAUUCCACAUCAACCAAUGGGAAUCAUAGCUGUUGCCAGUGACACCAAUAGCUGUGAACUUUCUCCAUGUUCAUUAUUAAAUGGAGGUUGCCAUGACCUGUGCCUUUUAACUCCUAAUGGGAGAGUGAAUUGUUCCUGCAGGGGGGAUCGAAUAUUGCUAGAUGACAACAGAUGUGUGAAAAAAAAUUCCUCCUGCAACAUGUAUUCAGAGUUUGAGUGUGGAAAUGGAGAGUGUAUUGACUAUCAGCUCACCUGUGAUGGCAUUCCUCACUGUAAGGAUAAAUCAGAUGAGAAACUACUCUACUGUGAAAACAGAAGCUGUCGACGAGGUUUCAAGCCCUGCUACAAUCGUCGUUGCAUUAAUCAUGGCAAGUUGUGUGAUGGUGAAAAUGACUGUGGGGACAACUCUGAUGAAAUAGACUGUAAAGUUUCAACCUGUGCCUCUGUUGAGUUUCGUUGUGCAGAUGGGACAUGCAUUCCAAGAUCAGCACGAUGCAACCAGAACAUAGAUUGUGCAGAUGCUUCAGAUGAAAAGAACUGCGAUAAUACAGAUUGUACACAUUUCUACAAACUUGGAGUGAAAACAACAGGGUUUAUCAGAUGUAAUUCUACCUCACUGUGUGUCCUGCCAAGUUGGAUAUGCGAUGGAUCUAACGACUGUGGGGACUACUCAGAUGAAUUAAAAUGCCCAGUUCAAAACAAACACAAAUGUGAAGAAAAUUAUUUUGGUUGUCCUAGUGGAAGAUGUAUUUUGAAUACCUGGAUAUGUGAUGGUCAGAAAGAUUGUGAGGAUGGGAUUGAUGAAUUCCACUGUGAUUCUUCUUGUUCUUGGAACCAGUUUGCUUGUUCUGCACAAAAAUGUAUAUCGAAACACUGGAUCUGUGAUGGAGAGGAUGAUUGCGGCAAUGGAUUAGAUGAAAGUGAUAGCAUUUGCGGCACAGCCACCUGUGCGGUUGACAUGUUCAGCUGCCAGGGCUCCCAUGCCUGUGUGCCGCGGCACUGGCUUUGUGACGGUGAAAGGGACUGUCCCAAUGGAAGUGAUGAGCUCUCCACAGCAGGCUGCGCUCCCAAUAAUACAUGUGAUGAAAAUGCGUUCAUGUGUCAUAAUAAAGUGUGCAUCCCCAAGCAGUUUCUUUGUGACCAUGAUGAUGACUGUGGAGAUGGCUCUGAUGAGUCACUGCAGUGCACAUAUCGACAGUGUAAUGUGGAAGAAUUUAGUUGUGCUGAUGGUCGAUGCCUCUUAAGUACUCAAUGGCAGUGUGAUGGAGACUUUGACUGCCCUGACCAUUCUGAUGAAGCACCUUUAAACCCAAAGUGCAAAAGUGCAGAACAGUCAUGCAACAGUUCAUUUUUUAUGUGCAAAAAUGGCAGGUGCAUUCCCAGUGGAGGUCUUUGUGACAAUAAGGAUGACUGUGGUGAUGGCUCAGAUGAGAGAAACUGCCAUAUAAAUGAAUGUUUGAGUAAGAAAGUCAGUGGAUGUUCUCAAGAUUGUCAGGAUCUUCCAGUGAGUUACAAGUGCAAAUGCUGGCCUGGAUUCCAACUGAAGGAUGAUGGUAAAACAUGUGUAGACAUUGACGAAUGCUCCUUGGGAUUUCCAUGUAGCCAGCAAUGCAUCAAUACAUAUGGGACCUACAAGUGUCUCUGUACAGAAGGGUAUGAAAUACAACCUGAUAACCCAAAUGGCUGCAAAUCACUCUCAGAUGAAGAACCUUUUCUAAUUCUUGCUGAUCAUCAUGAAAUAAGGAAAAUUAGCACUGAUGGCUCCAACUACACACUUUUAAAACAGGGAUUAAACAAUGUUAUUGCUAUAGACUUUGAUUACAGAGAAGAAUUCAUCUAUUGGAUUGAUUCUAGCAGACCCAAUGGCAGCCGCAUAAAUAGAAUGUGUUUAAAUGGAAGUGAUAUUAAGGUAGUACAUAACACAGCUGUCCCCAACGCACUUGCUGUUGAUUGGAUUGGAAAAAACCUCUAUUGGUCUGACACAGAAAAAAGGAUCAUUGAAGUAUCCAAGCUCAAUGGCUUAUACCCUACUAUACUUGUUAGCAAAAGGCUGAAGUUCCCCAGGGACCUGUCUUUAGAUCCUCGAGCUGGGUAUUUGUAUUGGAUUGACUGCUGUGAGUAUCCUCACAUCGGCCGUGUUGGAAUGGAUGGAACCAAUCAGAGUGUUGUCAUAGAAACCAAGAUUUCUAGACCUAUGGCACUAACAAUAGAUUAUGUCAACCAUAGACUCUACUGGGCUGAUGAAAAUCAUAUUGAGUUUAGCAACAUGGAUGGAUCUCAUAGACACAAAGUCCCUAAUCAAGAUAUUCCAGGGGUGAUUGCACUAACAUUGUUUGAAGACUACAUCUACUGGACUGAUGGGAAAACCAAGUCACUCAGCCGUGCCCAUAAAACCUCGGGAGCAGACAGACUCUCACUGAUUAACUCAUGGCAUGCCAUCACAGAUAUCCAGGUGUAUCAUUCUUAUAGACAACCUGAUGUCUCUAAACAUCUCUGCAUGAUAAAUAAUGGAGGUUGCAGUCAUCUGUGCCUGUUAGCCCCCGGAAAGACUCACACCUGUGCAUGUCCCACCAACUUCUAUCUUGCAGCUGACAACAAGACUUGCUUAUCCAACUGCACAGCCAGUCAGUUCCGUUGCAAAACUGAUAAAUGUAUUCCAUUCUGGUGGAAAUGUGAUACUGUGGAUGACUGUGGCGAUGGAUCUGACGAACCUGAUGACUGUCCUGAAUUUAAAUGUCAGCCAGGCAGAUUCCAGUGUGGAACAGGACUCUGUGCUCUUCCCGCUUUCAUCUGUGAUGGAGAGAAUGACUGUGGAGACAAUUCUGAUGAACUCAACUGUGACACACAUGUCUGCCUGUCAGGUCAGUUCAAGUGUACAAAGAACCAAAAAUGUAUCCCGGUAAAUCUCCGAUGUAAUGGACAAGAUGAUUGUGGGGAUGAGGAAGAUGAAAGGGACUGUCCCGAAAACAGCUGUUCUCCAGACUAUUUCCAAUGUAAAACUACUAAGCAUUGUAUUUCCAAGCUGUGGGUUUGUGAUGAGGAUCCAGACUGUGCAGACGCAUCAGAUGAGGCCAACUGUGACAAAAAGACUUGUGGACCUCAUGAAUUCCAGUGUAAAAACAACAACUGUAUUCCAGAUCACUGGCGGUGCGAUAGCCAGAAUGACUGCAGUGAUAAUUCAGAUGAAGAAAACUGUAAGCCACAGACCUGCACAUUGAAAGAUUUUCUCUGUGCCAAUGGGGACUGUGUUUCUUCAAGGUUCUGGUGUGAUGGAGAUUUUGACUGUGCAGAUGGCUCCGAUGAGAGAAAUUGUGAAACAAGUUGUUCCAAAGAUCAGUUCCAGUGUUCCAAUGGUCAGUGCAUAUCAGCAAAGUGGAAAUGUGAUGGCCAUGAAGACUGUAAAUAUGGAGAAGAUGAGAAAAACUGUGAGACAGAUUCUCCUACUUGCUCAUCAAAUGAAUAUAUAUGUGCCAGCAGAGGAUGUAUUUCAGCAUCUUUGAAAUGUAAUGGAGAAUAUGAUUGUGCUGAUGGUUCAGAUGAGAUGGACUGUGUGAGUGAAUGCAAGGAAGAUCAGUUUCGAUGCAGAAAUAAAGCCCACUGUAUUCCAAUUAGAUGGCUUUGUGAUGGCAUUCAUGACUGUGUGGAUGGCAGUGAUGAAGAAAACUGUGACAGAGGAGGAAAUAUAUGUAGAGCAGAUGAGUUUCUCUGCAAUAAUUCUCUUUGCAAACUACAUUUCUGGGUGUGUGAUGGAGAAGACGACUGUGGAGACAACUCAGAUGAAGCCCCUGAUAUGUGCGCCAAAUUUCUUUGCCCACCCACAAGACCUCACAGAUGCAGAAAUAACAGAAUAUGCCUGCAGCCUGAGCAAAUGUGUAAUGGGAUUGAUGACUGUGGGGACAAGUCUGAUGAAGAUCACUGUGGUGGUAAGCUUACAUAUAAAGCAAGACCAUGUAAAAAAGAUGAGUUUGCUUGCAGUAAUAAAAAAUGUAUCCCCAUGGACCUCCAGUGUGAUCAGCUUGAUGACUGUGGAGAUGGUUCAGAUGAACAAGGCUGCAGAAUAACUCCUGCUGAAUAUACCUGUGAAGAUAAUGUGAAUCCAUGUGGAGAUGGUGCAUAUUGUAAUCAAAUAAAAACAUCUGUUUUUUGUCGCUGUAAGCCUGGAUUUCAGAGAAACAUGAAAAACAGACAGUGUGAAGACCUUAAUGAAUGUUUGGUGUUUGGCACAUGUUCCCAUCAGUGUAUAAAUAUGGAAGGGUCAUAUAAAUGUAUGUGUGACCACAAUUUUCAGGAAAGGAACAACACCUGCAUAGCAAAAGGCUCUGAAGAUCAAGUUCUCUACAUUGCUAAUGACACUGAUAUCCUGGGUUUUAUAUAUCCAUUCAACUACAGUGGCGAUCAUCAACAAAUUUCUCAUAUUGAACAUAAUUCAAGGAUAACAGGGAUGGAUGUAUAUUAUCAAAGAGAUAUGAUUAUUUGGAGUACUCAGUUUAAUCCAGGUGGAAUUUUCUACAAAAGGAUCCAUGGCAGAGAAAAAAGGCAAGCAAACAGUGGCUUGAUUUGUCCUGAAUUUAAAAGGCCCAGAGACAUAGCAGUUGACUGGGUUGCUGGAAAUAUUUAUUGGACUGAUCAUUCUAGAAUGCACUGGUUCAGUUACUAUACCACUCACUGGACUAGUUUGAGAUACUCUAUCAACGUAGGACAGCUGAAUGGCCCCAACUGCACCAGACUCUUAACAAACAUGGCUGGAGAACCCUAUGCUAUUGCUGUAAAUCCUAAAAGAGGGAUGAUGUACUGGACUGUCGUUGGGGACCACUCUCACAUAGAAGAAGCAGCUAUGGAUGGAACUCUGAGAAGGAUUUUAGUACAGAAGAAUUUGCAAAGACCCACAGGUCUGGCUGUGGAUCAUUUUACUGAACGAAUAUACUGGGCUGACCUUGAGCUUUCUGUUAUUGGCAGUGUUCUGUAUGAUGGCUCUGAUUCAGUAGUCUCUGUCAGCAGCAAACAAGGCUUGUUACAUCCACAUAGGAUUGAUGUCUUUGAAGAUUAUAUAUAUGGAGCAGGACCUAAAAAUGGUGUAUUUCGAGUACAAAAAUUUGGCCACGGUUCGGUAGAGCACCUAGCUUUAGAUGUUGAUAAAACCAAAGGUGUUUUGAUAGCUCAUCGCUAUAAACAAUUAGACUUACCCAAUCCAUGCUUGGACUUAGUGUGUGACUUCCUAUGUUUGCUGAAUCCUUUUGGAGCCACCUGUGUGUGCCCAGAAGGAAAAUAUUUGGUUAAUGGUACUUGCCAUGAUGACAACCUGUUAGAUGAUUCAUGCACAUUGACUUGUGAAAAUGGAGGAAGAUGCCUUUUAAAUGAGAAAGGUGACUUAAGGUGUCACUGUUGGCCUAGUUACUCAGGAGACAGAUGUGAAGUCAACCACUGUAGCAACUACUGUCAAAAUGGAGGAACUUGUAUACCAUCAACACUAGGGAGACCCACCUGCAGCUGUGCCCUGGGGUUCACUGGACCAAACUGUGGUAAGACCGUCUGUGAGGAUUUCUGUCAAAAUGGCGGAGCCUGCAGCGUGACUGCCGGCAACCAGCCAUCCUGCCACUGCGAGCCUGAGCACACUGGAGACAGAUGCCAGUACUAUGUUUGUCACCACUACUGUGUGAAUUCUGAAUCCUGUACCAUUGGUGAUGAUGGCAGUGUUGAAUGCGUCUGCCCAACACGCUAUGAAGGUCCAAAAUGUGAGGUUGACAAAUGCAUAAGGUGCCAUGGAGGGCACUGCAUUAUAAAUAAAGACAGUGAAGAUAUAUUUUGCAACUGCACUAAUGGAAAGAUCUCCUCUAGCUGUCAGUUAUGCGAUGGCUACUGUUACAACGGUGGCACAUGCCAGCUGGACCCUGAGACAAAUGUACCCGUGUGUCUAUGCUCUGUGGGGUUUAAAAGUCAGCGCUGUGACCAGAAAGAGAACCCUUGUGAUCACUACUGUCAGAAUGAGGGGAUUUGCACUUUAACUGCGUUUAAUGAGCCAAGAUGCAAGUAG